UGGUUUCUCGACACGCGCUUGUCAACUUUCUCACGCUCCGCACGGGACCACGAUUCCCAUUGCAAAAAUCAACAUCAGUUAACUGGACAGCUGACUGCUGACACCAUGGCAUCGCUCGACGGUAGCGUCUACGCCUUCACUGGUGGUGCCAGCGGCAUCGGUUUUGCGACGGCUAAGAUCAUCGCAAAGCGGGGUGCCACUGUGUGCCUUGCAGAUAUCGACCCCGAAGCCCUCAAACAAGCUGAGGCCUACUUUUCGGAGCAAAAGACGCCCUUCUCGGUAACAAAAGUGGACGUAUCCGUGAAGAUUGAGGUUGAAAGUUGGAUAGAUGGCAUUGUGAAGCAAUUUGGGCGUUUGGACGGCGCUGCAAACGUGGCCGGCGUCAUUGGCAAACACCACGGCAUCCGAGCCGUCGCGGACCUUGAAGAUGACGAAUGGCACAAUAUCAUUGCUGUCAACUUGACGGGCUGCAUGUAUUGCCUUAGGGCGGAACUAAGAAUUAUAGCGGACGGUGGUUCCAUUGUCAACGUGGCCUCGAUUCAUGGCAUCAAGGGGUUUGCCAAGCAUGGCGCAUAUGAUGCCAGUAAACACGGCGUAAUAGGGCUCACUCGAGCGGCAGCCAAUGAGAACGGCGCCCGGGAAGUUCGAGUCAACGCCGUUGCCCCCGGCGCCAUCUACACACCGCUGAUGGAGAAGGCCUGGAAAUUUCACGACCGCGGAGCGGACGCCGCCUUUGACGAGCCAACGUCUUUUCAGCGUCAGGGCACCGCCGAGGAGUGCGGGAACGUCAUCGCGUUCCUGCUCGGUCCAGAGAGUUCCUUCGUGAGCGGGAGCGUCUAUCAAGUUGAUGGAGCGUGGCUAUGA